AUUGAUACGUAUUUCUACGUCGUAAAGGACCGUCAUGACCCGACUUUCGCUUUUAAAGAAAUUAACCGUGUGUGCAGUGUGCAUCCAUAACAUCAGAUGAACGCUAUCGAGAGAUCGCUGACAUGACCUCUCGCGUACCGUAAUAAGGAAGUGAAAUGGGUCAGGGUGAACUUACAGUAGGGCAAAAUCUGCGUUUCAAAAAUCCGAUUAGUCGGUUAUCUUCUUCGGAAGAUAAUUGUCAUACUAUACUCGAAACCAGGUUUUUCUGAGGACCAAUUUUCUGUUCACAGAGGCCUAACUCACAAGAGUGUAGCUCGUUUUCUCUGAAAAGUAUAGCAAAAAGAAAAGUGAGAUAACUUGGUCUAGAUUGUGUGUGACUUCAAGGAAGAAAAGACUCCAACAUGUCUCGUUCUUCUGUAGUAAGCGUCUGCUUUUUCCUCGCCAUCGGAAUUCAUUUGAGCUAUGGCUGGUUAUUCUCGGACUGGCUGUCCAGAUGCUACGACAGCCCGCCGGUUGGCUGUUUCCCUACUUCACACCCCUACAACAACUCCGGCAGUCUGGGCCCGCAGAGUCCCAGCCGGCAGCAAAUCAGGUUCCAUUUGAGACAGCGGGGUCAACGCCGGCAAAGUUUCGGUUAUAACAACGCUAGAACGGUGCUUCAGCGGAAGUACAACCCAAGCCACAAAACUGUGGUUAUCGUCCACGGAUACCUGGAGUCCGCCCGGUCCGCAUGGGUGGUAGACAUGGCUCAUGCAAUCCUAAAUAGAGAGGAGGCCAACGUGAUCGUGGUAGACUGGAGGAAAGGUGCCCGUAGCCUGGUGUACCCAUUGAGUGUAGCCAACACAAGGGUGGUCGGCGCAGUGUUGGCGCUGGUGCUCCAGGAAUUGGUGUCUCUGGGAGGUGACCUAUCCACGUUUCACAUAAUUGGCUUUAGUCUGGGAGCGCAUGUCGCGGGCUAUGCAGGCGAGAGGCUGCCUGGUUUGGGAAGAAUAACAGGUCUUGAGGAACCACUUGGAACUGUGGACUUCUACCUGAACCGAGGAAUGGAACAGCCAGGAUGUGGAUCGACCUUGUUGGGCAGAUUUGCUGCGGCCAUACAGCAAAGUAGAGACUUUAGUGCCUUCUCGAGGGAGUUCGCGUGCUCCCACAGCCGAGCCUACCUCUUCUAUAUCUCCACCAUCAGCAACAAUGUCUGUGAGUUCCCCGUGCAGACCUGUUCUACAGUGGCCAGCGUCCUCUCACGUGGCUGUCAGGCAUGCCAGUGCCCCAACUGCCCCACUCCGGGGUAUGGGUAUGAGGCUUCGGGUGACAGAACGCUCGCCAGUAGACUUUUCAACGUGGAGACAACAUCAAGUGCGCCUUACUGUGCUGACUGAAUGAGCGUCGGAUUGCCUGAACUUCUGUAGGACCUGUCAGAGAAUGAUAAUCGAGACUUGGCUACCCACAUGUCCAAAGGGACAGGCGUGUGGCCUUUUGAAGUUGACCUGCUUCAUGAAAGCUUUUUAACACCUGUUGUUGGUAGUAUUUCUGUUUUUAUAAUGUGUGUCUUUCAUGGUUUGUACAUGAUUACGUGUUUUGAAAAAA